CUUUCGUCCUCUGCGAGGUGGAGACACGAGGACACGUUUUGUAUCACAGGCUGAUGUGACGCAGCAUCAGUGGAUGAAUGUUAAACGUGAAAAGCAGUUUUCUUGGUUGAGGAGAGGAGGAUGCCAUAAACAGCCUCCUCGAUUUCACGUUUCCUUUCUCUCACGCGCGCGCGCACACACACACACACACACACACCCCUCCUCUCUUACUCCAGCCUGCCGUCCAGGAUACUCUCCAUCCAUCCCAGCACACUGCACCGGAACGAGGCGCCACACCCCCGCUUCGCCAGCUUUCACAUCCAAUAAAGGAAAUUGUCGGAUUUUUCCUCUCAAGAAGCGCACGUUCACACGUCUUCGUGUCUGAUGUUUUAUUUGUUUUGGGUUAGUGUUUUUUUUUUUUUGCACCUGAGAACGAUGUCAAGACUAGGCACACUCCGGCUGCGUUGAGACAGGCGCUGGAAUAAACAGGUGAACUACAGGCAGCACUCACAGGACUGGACCACAAACAAAGGCUUCGUUUUUCGCUGUCAGCAUGGCUGUGAACACGAUGCCAUCUCCCACCAUUUGGUCAGGGGAGGAACAACCAACGCUGCUGGACCAGGAGGACUCUCUGUCGAGCCAAGUUGCCGUCACUAUGCCAUGCCCACCAGUCGGAGGUGAACCACUCAUCCACAGCAGCAGCAGCAGCCCGGUCAGCACACGGCCUCCCCGCAGCAAAUCCAAAGGCGAGCUAGUGAUAGUCAUCAACGAGAAGCUGAAGAACAGUGUAGGUAAUGGGAUCCACCCAGCGUCCGCCGACAGCACCUCUCCGGUCAUCUGCUCUCCUCCCAGAAGACAGCACUCCAUCUCUUACCCCCAUCACAACAAGACCAGGAAGGGGAGCAGGGCGAGCUCCAUCGGCUACACUGCCUUCUCGCCCAGGCCGUCGAUCUCUCGCCACUCCAGCAUCGCCACCAACCCGCCCUUGGACCGGACCAAAAUCAAAGACUACCUCCUCCUAUCUGUGCUGGCCUGCUUCUGCCCCGUCUGGCCCAUCAACAUUGUGGGAUUUGUCUACUCCAUCAUGUCCAGGAAUAGUCUCGAGCAGGGAAACCUGGACGGCGCCGUGCGUCUGGGACGCGUGGCCAAGAUGCUCUCCAUCGUGUCACUAGUAGGAGGGACGGUCAUUAUCGUCGCCUGCAUUGUCAACCUGGCUAUAAAUGUGAAAACCUGAGUUUCAUCCGAGGAUGAAACUGGAUUAGGCAACUGACCGUCUGGCCCGCAUCUGCACCAACGUCUUUACCGCCUCGUCAUUACCUGGAUGUGUGACAAAUAUGCACCCGAUAUACAGUGCUUACUUGUAUUUCUCUAAUCUAUAUAAAUCCCUUUUUGCUAAUGGAAGAAAGUAAAAUAUGCAAUUGCUGCCCUGAGUCAGGAGGGGGGAGGGGGUUGUCUGUUCGAUGGAGAUGAGAGUAGACAGUCUAAUCAGCCCCUUUGUAUUCUGGUCAACACAUUCAGAACGAUUCUCAAGAAACACUUCACUUCCCAUCAUCACCCGCAGAAUGGACUCAGACGAGGUGGACUGGAGACUGGGGAGACCAGUGGAGGGGGGUCAUAGAAUGUGAAAGGGAAAGGAUUGCCUCCCAUCUACAGCGUCACAUGAAACAAAAUGUCUGCCCUCGUCCAUCCUUUACUGCAGCCAACAACAGGACACAUCAGAGCUUUAGCUUGCCGGUAAAUCCCCUCGGAUACAUGGAGAAGGCUCUAGGAUUUGUGGUUGCAUUGGAAUCACAGAGCAGAAACUCACUCAAUUCCUUCGCAGAGAAGAAACACUUUGAAUCGCAGUAUGUCCUCUUGUUUCGGACUCUUCUCCGUGGUUCUCCUGCCCAUACAUCCUGUGUUUGAGAGUGAGUAUGGGUGGCAAACGAGGAUGAAAAAGAGGCUUAUCAAGGACUAGCUACGGGUGCUAAACUGAAAGGGAUUAUGGAAAGUCUCCCACAGAAGGCACAGUCAUCACUGCAAGGAAAAUGUGUGCCAAAAAAAAUGCAGAGGGAAAGUUCCUUGCUUUGUAAAGACUCAAAUGAUCACAGAAAUGUGAUCAUUUGUGGAGAGGAAAGUGUUUUCUGCUCUGCUGCAACUUUACUGUAUAUCUGCUGACACCACUGACCACUGUGAGCCUGGGAGGGGUACAUGUUCACACACACACACACACACACACACACACACUGUAGCAAGACAUUAAUUUUACAGUGAAACUAAUUAUGCUACAUCUAUAAUCUUUUGAUAAUGUUUGUAAAAGAUCGUUUUGAAACAGAGUAUAUGCACGUAGGAAUCAAUAUUUGGUUAACAAAUGAAAUAGCUUGUGAUUGCAGGCAAAGUUGGUGGCUGUGGCCUCAGUCUGCAUCCACAGGUAUAGCCUGUACUUAUAAACCAGACAUAUUGUGGUUUUUUUGUCCCUUGAAAAAUCCCUUAAACAGUAAUGAACACCUUAAUUAUGUGCCCAUUUUCUUUUCACACACAGUGGGAUGCUGUUUUUUUUUGAAUUUGUAACACACUGGUUCAAACACGGUUUUAUAGGUGUAAGAUAUUAACAGCACUAUGCUGAGAACUACUUUUAAAAUGUAAUUAAUUAUCAUUGUUAUUAUUAUGAUUAUAUAUUUCCUAUGUAUCCUUAACUAACCUCUAAUCUUAAUCUACCUGUGAUUCUCACUGUGAUCUGAAACAACUGGGUUUCAUCUAGAAUGGAUGAAACUCUCCUUGUUUAUUAGACCUUAGAUUUUGAAUCAUGUACAGAAACAGAAAUCGUGAGCUCACACCUGCAGUCUGUUAUGAUUAAAUAUGACAGCUUUCCCUCGGUUAGCACUUAAUAUGUAAAUUGAAUUGUAAUCAACAGUUAGUGCAGGUAUAAAUCUCAAUAUUGUGAAGAUUCUGUAGUUGAUAUGAGUUAGCUUUAAGUAGUUAUGGUCUAACAUGUUACCACCAGGCUUCUAUAAUCUUUGUGGUUAUUGGCAUGUUGUGGAUUUUUAUUCAUGUUUGACAAUAGAAGAUGAAAAUUACAAAGAUUAACUGGCAUUUGGAAUAUUAUACUUCUGCAGCACAUUCCUAAUAAAGACAAAAUGCA